UAUUUCCAACCAUAGUCUUCUCUCUCUUCUUAUUAGGUUGUUUCCUUUUUACAUCAUCAUCAAUCACAAUUAAGAUCGAUCCAUUCACUCACAUGGCUUAGUCUCUUCAAACUUCAAACUCCAAACUCCAAAUUCAUCUUCAAUUUCUUUGAAACUUUCUUCAAACCCUAACCCUAAUUCGCGUAGAUCUCAAAUUAGGGUUAUAUGGAAAUGGCGUCAAGUCCUCGCACCGUUGAAGAGAUCUUCAAAGAUUUCAGUUCUCGUAGAGAUGGUAUCGUUCGUGCUUUAACUCAAGAUGUUGAUGAAUUUUAUGCACUCUGUGAUCCAGAUAAGGACAAUUUGUGUCUCUAUGGACAUACAAAUGAAUCAUGGGAAGUGACUCUUCCUGCUGAGGAAGUUCCACCUGAGCUUCCAGAGCCAGCCCUUGGAAUCAACUUUGCAAGGGAUGGCAUGAACCGUAGGGACUGGCUUUCUCUAGUUGCUGUGCACAGUGAUUCAUGGUUGCUUUCUGUGGCUUUUUAUCUUGGAGCUCGUCUUAACCGCAACGAAAGGAAACGUUUAUUUAGCUUGAUCAAUGAGCUUCCAACUGUGUUUGAAGUUGUAACUGACAGGAAGCCAAUAAAGGACAAGCCCACUGUAGAUAGUGGAAGCAAAUCUCGGGGAAGCACCAAGAGAUCAAGUGAUGGACAAGUUAAAAGCAACCCAAAGUUGGUCGAUGAUCAAGGUUAUGAGGAGGAGGAAGACGAGCAUAGUGAAACCCUUUGUGGGAGCUGCGGUGGAAACUACAACGCGGAUGAAUUUUGGAUUGGCUGUGAUAUUUGUGAGAGGUGGUACCAUGGAAAAUGUGUGAAGAUUACUCCUGCUAAAGCUGAGAGCAUAAAGCAAUACAAGUGCCCAUCAUGCAGCAUCAAGAGGGGCAGGCCCUAAGCCUAAGACAGCAUGUGAAGUGAAUAAUACUUUGUUGAUGCUGACUGGAUAUCGUAAUAUCGCCAAAGCUCUUGUAGAAAUUCAUUUAAUGGGUAUAGUUUAUAUAUGACUAAUGGGUAAAACUAUUAAAGUUAAUUUCUUCUACCAAGAUGGAUCCUCAGUUUAUGUUACAAAUUUGUCUCCUCUUAUUGAGGGGUGGGGAAAAGUUCCAGGUUAUGAUUAUCAUCGAUUGAAAGAUUGAAAGAGUAGAUUUUUAUUAUACAUUUUGUUACCUGUAUGCAUAGAUUUUCUUAUAAUUUUUGUAGUUGAUUUAUUUGUUGUCUCCAUUAUUGCUAGCUAUUGGAUCGGCUUCCUAUCGACAUUGUAAUGUGUAGCAAGUGUUUGUGCACUUUCUUUGCA